AUGGUAGAAAAGCAACCGUGUCAGCUUAUGCUGAUCAACGCACUCUCUUCGGACUCCACCCUCGGGCUCUAUCUUGUCGGCCUCUCUGUUCAUAUAUAUUUCCAUCUAUUCAUACCUAUCUACCUAUCUAUUUAUCUCUGUUCAUAUCUAUCUAUCUAUCUAUCUAUCUAUCUAUCUAUCUAUCUAUCUAUCUAUCUAUCUCAGUCUGUUCAUAUCUAUCUAUUUCCACCUGUUAAUAUCUAUCUACCUAUCUAUUUAUCUCUGUUCAUAUCUCUCUAUCUAUUUUUCUUAGUACUUUCUACUUCCUACGUUUCUUUCAUCCCACCACUUCUCUCUUAUUCUCACCCGUUCUCUAUCCAUAUCUAUGUCUUUUUCUCUUCCCCUCUCUUUUUCUCACAUUUUUCUCUCUCUUUCUAUAUUUUCUCUCUCCCGCUUCGUUUUUAUGUUUUCUGCCCUCCUCUCUUUCUAUUUUUGGUCUCUUGCUUUCUCUUUCUAUACUUUUCUUUUUUUUUUUUUUGUUUUUAUCUCCUCUUCCUCUUUCUAUCUUAUUUGUUCUUCAUCAUUUUCGUUUAUUUUCCAAUUCACACUAGUUUUGUCCCUAUUUUUUCUUCCUCUGUUUAG